AUAACCCGUCCCCUCUCCAUUUUGAUAUUAAACUUUUUCAAAAAGUGUACGUUUCGGACACUUUUUAUUCGAACUGUUUUAUUCAGCUCAAAAUGGAGCGCUGCCCGGGGUGCCAUUCUACAGCAUGCGUUGGCUAUUCCGGUGGAGAUUGUUUUUACUUCAAGUUGUGCCAGGAUUCGUUUCCUCGUCAUGCACCGCGUCGUAGAUCAUCAUCAUCAUCAUCUUCUUCUUCUUCUUCUACUUCUUCUUCUUCGUCUUCCAACUCUUCAGAAUCAGAUGACCAAGUCGGCCAGCUGAGCACCCGGUACCAGAACCAGAACCUUAGUGAGUCAUCUUCAGAAAGUUCGGUUAGCUCAUCGGAUGACUCAUCUGAUGACUCCUCAGAUGACUCAUGUUCAAAUGACUCUUCAAUGACUCUUUAGACGAUUCAGACGAUCAGGAAAACGAUUAUGAACAAGAUGAUUAUUAACUUAAAUUUCGAUAUUUUGCCAUCAAUCAAAAAAUAUACAAGAUCAUAGUUCAAAAAUUUUUAUUCAUAAAGUUCCUAUAACUUUGCCAAA